UACGUGUUUCCGAUUUGAGUAAAGUCGAUUCUUCCUGUGACAGGGAGGUGAAACACUGUACAAGUCUAAGCUGUUUGUUUGUGUUUUCAAAAUUAGUAGAAAGGUGAUUGUUACGAUUGUUGCAUUGGGUGAGGACGUGCAGUAGCCGGACACUCGGCAGGAGGGGUUUGCCUGAGUCUGGGUUGGUUUUUUGCUCGUGGACACAGUACCUCGUAGCAAUGCUAUAUAUUCUUCUAAGCCGUGGGUACCUCGUACAAUGUGUGAUUUUACUAACGUAUGUGGCUCGUAUUGACUCAACUCCAUCGGUAUGUGUUACGUUUGAAUGCGAUUCCGACAAGUGUCUUCCGUUUUCGUCGGUAUGUGACGGGUUAAACGACUGUCUGGAUGGAACUGACGAAGGAUUGCAAUGCCGAAGUGCUACUGUGGAGUGUGUAGGUGAGCACGAGUUUCUCUGUGACGAUGGACAGUGUAUAUUGAACGCGCUACGCUGCGACGGCCCAACUGAUUGCAUGGAUGGAAGUGACGAGCUCCGUUGUGACAUUGAUUAUGUACAACCAUUCUGCAAAGAAUUUACUUGUGACAAUGAGCAAAGAUGUCUGUCAUUGAAGUUCCUUUGUGACGGUGUCAAACAGUGUUCAGAUGGCACUGACGAAAGUGGUCACCACUGUAGUACACUAUCAGCUGACUGUUCAGGGAAAGACGAAUUUUUGUGUCGGAACCGUCACUGCUUGCCCGCUAGACUCAAGUGUGACGGAUCUGCAGACUGCGUAGAUAACAGUGAUGAGGAAGGGUGUUUAUCGGAAAAACCUUUUGCUCCGAAAGUUGCUACCACAAAAACACCAUCAACCACUUUAUUACCAUACGAUAAAUUGUCUCCAACGUCGGAAAUGCUCUUUCCAAAAACAACCGCCAAAGAAACCACCACGACGUACAAAAAAUUUAUUAGUAUCAUUGAGAAAACAACGAAGUCGAAAUCUGCUCGUGCGACAUGGACACCGAAUUCUAGUAAAACCAUUUUAGUUAAAAGUACAUCACCAACACCGUCGAUGAAAUUCGUAGAUAAAAACAUAUCCACAAAAGCAACGAAUAGAUUACUUACACGGAUAACAUCAUCCCAUGCGCCCGUAACAAACGUCAUCAAGUCCAAUGAAGAAGUGAAGAACAACAGUAACGAGGAGGAAACUUCCCAAUCAAAGAGGGGGUCCCAUCAUAUGAGGCGGAUGUAUGGCGGCACAGCUGUGGUGCUAAUUGUUGCUACUGUUGCGAUUAUCGUUCUUGUAGCAAUUCGUAGAAGAAUAAGAAAGCGGUCCAAGCCAGUCUUCAAAUCUUCUAUUCACUUCAUAAAUCCUUUCUAUGGGUCAGCCUGACUCAAUUCUACUGUGCUUGUAGAUCUGCAUUAAAUGCUAUGCACGUUUCACUGUACGCUCUUUGCUGACUGAUCUUACUUUUUAUUAAUAAUACCAAAGAAACCGAGGUUUAGAAGGCAUAGAAGAAAAAACAAUAGCUUUUCCUGGCGCGGGAAAAGACAACAAUUAUUUAUAAUUCAUCCUGAAAGGAUGCUAAUGAUAGUCAAUACUACUUCCAUGAUGGAGCAACAUAUGAUGGACAACGAACUGAGUAACUGAAGGAUUAAAGUUCAGGUUGUGUUUGUAUUUUAUAUAUUUAUAAAUUAACAAGCGUUUGAAAUGCUAUUUUUCUUUUUAAAAUACGGCUAGCUUUUUUCAUGUUAUUUCUACAAAAUAACAUUGUCAUGACCUUGCGAAUAUUAAGCUGGCUAUCUCAAUAGUACAUCUAUACUAUUCUUGUCAUUACCAACUUAUAAAUGGCAACGAUAGAAUUGAUAUUUUAAUUAAAAAUAAUGCCCAUAGCGACUUGA